GAUUGAAAUUCUAAAGACAGACAUAAAAACUCAUUUAAUAAGUUUCCCAUUUGCUUCAUUUUCAAGAAAACAAAAACAGUAACUUGAGGGUUUCACUUUUCUCAUUUUCUUGAACAAAACACAUAUAAAACACUACUCAAUGCAUCAAUAAUUAGUUCACUACCACUCAAAGCAAAAUGGAAUCCAAAUGUUUGAUGAAAUCUUCAUCCAAUUUGUUCUAUUUACUGCUAAUUUCACUCGGAAUCCUUCGAGUUCAGUGUCUAACUCCUAACAAGACAACAUCGAAGGUGCCGGCAGUAAUUGUGUUCGGAGAUUCAAUUGUAGACCCGGGCAACAACAACGCGAUCGAAACUCUAAUUAAAUGCAACUUCCCGCCCUACGGCAAGGACUUCGCCCAGCAUAAACCCACUGGAAGGUUUUGCAAUGGCAAAAUCCCCUCGGAUUUCAUCGCUUCUCAACUGGGAAUAAAGGAGCUUGUUCCAGCUUACCUUGGGACUGAACUGACCGCUCAAGACCUCCUCACUGGUGUAAGCUUUGCAUCAGGUGGUGCCGGAUACGAUCCUCUCACAUCUCAACUUGUGUCAGCGUUAACUAUGAGCGAUCAGCUAAAUUUGUUCAAAGAUUACAAGGAGAAGUUGAAGAAAGUUGCAGGAGAAGUCAAAGCAAAUAAUACAAUCUCCCAGGGCUUGUUUCUAGUAGUUACAGGAACUGACGACUUAGCAAACACAUAUUUUACGACACCAUUCAGGAGAGCGGAAUUUGAUCUUCCAUCCUACAUCAACUUUACUGUGGACUGUGCUGUGAGCUUUUAUCAGGAGCUUUACCACUUAGGUGCAAGGAAGAUAGCUGUUGUGGGGGUUCCUCCAGUAGGUUGUGUUCCAUCACAAAGAACCAUCGAAGGAGGGAUUGAAAGACAUUGUGUACCUCUCUACAACCAAGCUGCAUUAAUGUUCAAUGCAAAGCUAUCUACAGAAUCGGAAAGGCUUAACAAAACAUUAAAGGGAGCACAAAUAGUCUACAUCGAUAUAUACACACCCUUGCUUGAUUUAAUUACACGUCCAUUUGCCUAUGGAUUUGAGGAGUCCACAAAGGGUUGUUGCGGAACAGGAUAUUUUGAAGUUACUUUAGCUUGCAAUAGCUUGACAACACCAACAUGUGAAGAUGCUUCCAAGUAUGUCUUUUGGGACAGCUACCAUCCUACAGAGAGGGCCUAUAACAUUCUGAUAACAGAAGUUUUUCAAAAGUAUGGAUCACUUCUCACCUAA